AUGGUCAAAUGGGGGACGCUUCUCUUCGGAGCUCGCGAAAGGAGAUCGCCAUAUCACCACGGUGAGACGAGGAGAUUGCUUCCCGCCAACAGCUCCGACCUGCCCCCCUCAGGCUUGCCGGCCAAAGAAGUCACCAAAGUCGCCCUCCGAUUGAAGUACCAGAUCGAGGCAGUUAUUCCUAUCGAGCUUCCUGAAGAGAAAAUUGUCGCUGCCAACAGCCCCGUUAUAACUCCGAAGGUGGUGCAGACAGCCAAAGAAGCGGGCGGGACUGAGUACGCUGCAUGUGUGGUGUACUGCCUGCUUGUGUGCAAGAGAUGGUUCACUAGACAAGCCAAUCUGGAGCUCUGGGAUGCAGACCUGCACCAUGUCCGUGCUGUGGCUUGUGAGAUGAUCGCCAAACGCAUCAUCGAGAAUGAGGAGGACCAAGAAUACCUGAUGCAAGAGAUUCUCCUGAAGCGCUACUCGGUCAUCCGCAAGGACGAGGAGACACCCCCAGCAAAUGUCAUUGAGAGGGCAGUCGACCUGCACUGCCUGAUCGUCAUUGGUUCUUCUGGCUACCAAAAGUGCAUCAAGUACCUCUGGAGGGGCUGGAUUCAUCAAGACGACAAAGACCCGGGCAGAUUUGUUUUCUACAACGACCGCGACAACACAAAUUAUUGGGUCCAUCUGAACCCCGACCGUAUGCGCACGCCCUUGUAUCAGAACGCCCUUCAGAUCACCAUCUCGGUCCUCUAUCUUGCCUUGUAUACUGGGGCGGUCAAUACCGUGAAUGAAGAUGGCGACCUUGACAUCGUCGAGGGUAUUCUCUACAUGAUGACAUUAGGCUUCAUCUGCGACGAAAUCGGCAAAUUUUGGAAAGUCGGCAUUUGGUAUUUCGGUUUUUGGAACGCCUUCAACAAUUGCCUCUACGCUCUGCUCACAGCCUCGUUCAUUAUCCGCAUGAUCGCUCUCGGCCACUCCUCCGACGAGCAUGACGACAAGCGGCGCGAACUCAACAGAUUAGGUUACCACAUAUUCUGUGUCGCUGCCCCCAUGUUCUGGGCCCGUCUCCUCCUGUAUCUGGACACGUUCCGCUUCUUCGGCGCAAUGCUGGUCGUUUUGAAAGUCAUGAUGCGUGAAUCCCUCAUCUUCUUUGCCCUUCUCCUGGUCGUUUGCGUGGGUUUUCUCCAGGCCUUUAUUGGUCUGAACCAAGUCGAGGGAAACAGCAGUAUCACCAGCUUCGUCAUCACCGCCAUGGCCAAUUCGGUCAUGCAGUCGCCUGAUUUCGAAGGCUUUGACAACUAUGCCCAUCCCUUCGGCCUUAUUCUAUAUUACAUCUUCACAUUUGUCGUCAUGGUUAUCCUGCUCAAUAUCCUCAUCGCAUUAUACAACAGUGCGUACGAAGACAUCACCGAAAAUGCGAUCGAUGAGUACAUGGCCAUGUUUGCACAAAAGACACUGCAAUUCGUACGUGCGCCCGACGAGAAUGUCUUCAUUGCGCCGUUCAACUUGAUCGAGUUGCUCUUCUUGAUCAUCCCUUUUGAAUGGUGGAUGGAUCCGCAUCGCUAUGAGCGACUGAACAACUAUGUCAUGGGCGUCAUCUAUUCGCCUCUGUUACUCAUCACCGCUGCUCUGGAGUCUCUGGAUGCCCGCACAGUGCAAAGCAACAGGAGUCGAGGAGAAGAAGAUGACGACACGGUGGAAGAGUGGGAGGAAAUGCCGCACGACCUGAACUUUGGAAUGGAGGGGUGGGACACAAAGGUUCACUCCACAAGACCGGUGGUCGAGGUUGACGCCGAUGUCGUCGAGAUAAGACAGCUGAAGGAGCAGGUUGAUGAACUGCAGCGGAUGGUGAGGGCGUUGAGUGUCGCAAAGGACGAACGCUGA